AUGAGCAAAGUCGAAGAGCUGCGGCGCAAAGUCGCAGAAGCGGAGCUGGACCUCCAAAACCUCAAGGAGCAGCUAGCCAGCGCAGAAAAAGAGGCACAGGAGGAGCAAACUUCAGCAUCAGCAUCAGCUCAACCCUGGAAAUGGCCCCUGCAACCCGAGGAUUAUGAGAGAUAUGGGCGACAACUUAUCAUCCCUCAAUCAAAGAUUCUCAUCAUCGGUGCCGGGGGCCUGGGAUGCCCCGCAGCGGCCUACAUCGCCGGAGCAGGGGCCGGCACCAUCGGCCUCGUCGACGGCGACGUUGUCGAAGUCUCCAACCUCCACCGCCAAGUCGCUCACUCAACCGACAGAGUCGGCAUCUCAAAGGUCGAAAGCGCAAUCACAUACCUAAGGGGCCUCAACCCGCUAGUAACAUACCACGCACACAAAACACACUUAACACCGACCAACGCCGAAGAAAUCGUAUCACAAUACGACCUCGUCCUCGACUGCACAGAUCACCCGACCUCCCGCUACCUCAUCUCCGACAUUUGCGUCCUCCUCCAGAAACCCCUCGUCUCCGCCUCGGCCUUCCGCACAGACGGCCAGCUCAUCAUCCUCAACUCGCCGGCCACGCCGCAGGGCAGCACUCUGGAUGGCGGCGGCGGACCGUGCUACCGCUGCGUGUUCCCCAAGCCGCCGCCCCCCGACAGUGUGGUCAGCUGCGGCGAAGGCGGCAUCCUCGGGCCCGUCGUCGGCGUCAUGGGCGUGCUGCAGGCUCUUGAGGCGAUUAAGCUCGUUGCCGCGGGCGCUGUCGAUCCGGAUAUGACAGAUAAAAGUGCGACUGCGGCUGCGCCUUCGCUUCUCAUCUUUUCGGGCGCGGCGCCGUCUGGGCAGUUUAGGUCUGUCCGUAUGAGGGGCCGGAGGAAGGAUUGCUUCGCUUGCUCUGCGACGUCGACGCUGUCUCUUGAGACUUUGCGAUCGGGAUCACUUGACUAUGUGUCGUUCUGCGGUGUUACCGCGCCGGUCAAUGUUCUAGGGCCCGAAGAGCGCAUUUCUGCGACCGAGUACGAGCGUGUAGCCAAGGAGAAGGGUGGCCGACAUCUUCUGCUGGAUGUGCGAGAGCGCGAAAACUUUGACAUUUGUAGCAUCGACGGCGCUGUGAGCGUACCGAUUGCAAGGUUCAUGAAGGAGACGCAGCCGUCAAGCGAGGGGGUCAAGCCUCACCCUGAGUGGCUGCCACUGGACUUCCCAGAGGAUUCGCCCAUUUACCUUGUUUGUAGAGUCGGCAACGACUCACAACUUGCGACGAGGCGUCUGAAAGAUCUGGCGUCGAAUAAUAAUGGGGAAAGAUUCAUCGGCGACAUUGAGGGAGGUAUGCGGGCUUGGAAGAAAGACGUGGACCCCACGCUGCCUUUUACGUGA